CCGGCACACUACAACGAGCUGAUCCAAGUUGCGGCGGCAGCGGCACUCCAGAUGCCGAAACUUGUAUGCAUGGAACUAUGGAACAGCGGGACACACAUCACGUCGUGCAUAUUUACAUAUUGUAGGUCACGCGACAGGCGACGAUACAUAGAAUUACUCAACACCUGGGGUGGACGACUUGACAAACAAGCAAUUGCGCGCUGGCGGGAGGUGGCAGACCGUGUUGCUGGCUGUGAUCUAGAC